GGAAAAAACAAAUGAGGCACUGCUCGACAAAUUUAUGAACCUUCCUAUGCACCAUUCAUAUCAAAGAAAUUCAAAUAUUCUCCACAUAACGCAUAAAUGAGGCCUUAUGCUAUUAUCGUCCAUUCGCACUACUCGGCCACCUCAACUCUCCCGCCAUGGAGCCCUCCAAGCCUACACACACGCCAAAGCCACGACCAGCGGUGCCACCCUCCAACCUCAACCCCCUACUGCCCGAGCCCGAAGGUGACGCUGACUUAGAUGUUCUGCCGCUGCAACGCUUCUUCCCAUCUACCUCUCGCCAGUUCUACACGAUAUGCGCUGCCUCACUGCUCCUGCUGGCUACAGUCACCUAUGUCGCAUGGCCAUCGGAGCCAGACAUCAAGUUCGUGCGGCUAAGAUUGGACCGCAUCAGAAUACGCACUAAGCCCUGCCUACUGAUCGACAUUUCCCUAUUCCUCAAAGUGAAGGUAAUCAACGCUGACCUGUACUCGAUGGACUAUGAGGCGCUCGAUGUGGCCAUUGGGUACAGGGGGAAAGCGCUGGGGCACGUGAGGUCGCAGCAUGGUCAUGUGAGGGCGCUGGGGUCUUCCUAUGUGGAUGCCGAGGUGGAGCUCGACGGGGUCGAGGUUCUAAGCGAUGCGGUCCUCCUGCUUGAGGACUUGGCCAAGGACAGGCGAAGUUUGAUCAUGAAGAUCAGGUCGCAUAAUCCUUCUAUCGAAACUCUAAAAAGAGAAAGGAUGAAAGAUAAACCUAUAUAUAUAGGUUAAAGUAUCAUGCGAGAUUUUGGUGAACACGAACAAUCAAACUAUUGCUCAACAUGAUUGUUACGCCGAGGUAAAAUCGGACAAACAAGUACAUAUAUCUUCUGAGGAUUCUGAUAAACUAGCUAGCUAGCAUUUUCAUAAUGCGUAUUUGUACUAAUUUAUACAUGUUUUGGCUGUGGUCAGUAACAAAUCUUCAGCAACAGGGCCGGUUUCAGCAAUUAAUUCUUGGUUACCCCAAGUAUAUAUAUGUGGUGGACUUAUAAUUAUUACGUGUGUGUGAGGGAGAGAGUGUGCAUGCGAACAUCCAGUGGACAUGUAAUAUUGUAUAUAUAAACGAGUCGCCAGAUGGACACACAUAUGUAGGUACAUACAGGCUGCAGUAAGGCUGAGCUUGAAGUGAAGGAAAGAAGACGUUAACGUUCUCAUGGGGGAGGAAAAGUUAAUGUGGAAGGAGGAUAAGGAUAAGGUAUAUGAUGGAGAUUUUAUUUGUGGCAAGCUGUGUGAUAUUAAUGAGCUUUCCUUCGGGGGCUGAUUUCUUAUCCUUAUGGAACAAAACAAGCUUUUCUCAUGCAUGUACAUGGCCAA